CAAGGGGAAGGAAUGCGGCCCGCCAACGCCGUUCUUCAGACACUCCAACCAGCGCGUUUCGGUAGAGCAGCAAUGCGAGUGCUCACGACAGUCUUUGUGACAUUAUUCCUGCUGAUCGGGGAGGUGAUCUGCAGUGACGGUGAUGGCAGCGCUGGACAUGACGCGCAAUGCAAACCGGACGCCGCUGACAGGUGUUUCUCGGUCUUGGGCAAAUGCGAAGUCAAGGGUGGUUCUUCACAGUGCUCGUGCCCGGAGGCGUUCAAUUGGGACGACCAGGAGAAAGCUUGUUUUUUGGAGCAAGCGUAUUGGUACACCGUGUCUUUCAAGACAGUGGGGACCAAAGAGACCCAGGACGGCGUAGAAGAUUGCACGGAGGAAAAUAAUAUCGUAGAACCCGCUAUGAAACAACUUUAUGGCGACACGCUUGUCACCGCCAAGUUGCUCAAGUGCUCUGACCAAUACAAUGUGGAGCUGAAAUUCAAUACGCUACCAGAACAGAACUUGCUCGAGGAAAUUCGGGCUUGCGAUUACCAAAAAGAAGAAGGUGCCUGCGAUUUUCCACCUAAUUUGCGCGUCGUCAAUGGAAGUGUAUCAGAGGUAACGGAAAUGAACCUGUGCGACACCUACCUGAAGGACGUGGCACCGAAGUUUGGGAAGCAGUACGAAUGUACGAAGCGUAAUAACGAGAGCUCCUACGCUUUGACCUGCAAGAAGUCACACAGAGGCAUGGCUAUGUACACACAGGGAGCUCUCCAAGUCGACAUUUGUGCAGAACGAAAGUGCGAGGAAUACUGCACGGAGACAGAGCGCCAGUGUUUGGAAGGGAAGUGCGUCUGCCACCUCAACUACAUCGAAUCCUCCGAAGGCGUCUGCACACCAAUAUGCGACAAGAAUCCCUGCAAGAAUCGCGGCACCUGUGAGAGAAGCGAGAAAAUAUCCUACUACUGCCGGUGUCAACCGGGCUACACAGGGCCAAAUUGUGAAGUUCAAUUCGAAGAAUACAAAGUUGCACAGAGAAAUAUUACUAUCGUUGGCGUUGUUCUUGGAGUGUUUAUAAUAAUCUGUCUUGGUAUUUCCGGCGCAGUAAUCAGAAGGUUAAAAAAUAAGACUAUGGCCAACGAGCAACUUUAGGUUCAAGUUGAAAACCAUGCACCUGUACGAUGAACAGUCCCGAGAAGAGCUCGCCGGCUAAGCUGUGGUUCUCUAACAACCAAAGAAUGUGUGGAUUCCGAGCUGUGUAGCCGGUCUUCUCACGUUACGGUGGAUUAGUCUACCGCUAUUGGCGAUGGACGUCGCGACUUUACUUGAAUGUCACGCACAAAAAAAAAAAAAAACACUCAUACACGUGCUUAAAAUUUUGCAAUUUAUACUGCGCAUGUACGACACCGCGUAUACACAUGGAACGUGUACGAACUGAGUAAAAGCGCUGUUAUUUAUAUUCGUGUAUACGGAUUUGAAGGAAGUGACCAU